CCAAGAUGGCCGACAGAUAAACGAGAAACAGAAAGUCUUUGUAAAAUAUUUUUAGUGCAAUUUUUAUUUAUUCAAUCAUGGCACAUUGUUUCUAGAUUAUAUGAUAAUGGUAUUGUGGCAGGAAGAUGAAAAUUUUGGUCUAAAUGUCGCCAGUUCUUGCUGUAGUUUGUAUUCAUCUGUUGGUAAGAAGGGCAAGCCACAGAAGGGCAGGGAAUGGACGUUACUAGCAGCUGUGGUGAUGGUGAAACAACAAGGUGAUCAUUACUCUUUAGAGAUUGUUGCCAUGGGAACAGGCUCAAAGUGUAUCGGGCAAAGCAAAAURAGUGAGAGAGGUGAUGUUUUGAAUGACAGCCAUGCUGAGAUAAUUGCAAGAAGAGGAUUUUUAAGAUAUUUAAACAAAGAGUUGGCAGACACAUACCAAGGAAAGGAUGRAACCAUCUUUGAUUUCCAGGAAGACACCAACCUUUGUCUAUUAAAGGAUGAGAUAUCAUUCCACCUGUUUACAUCACACACCCCUUGCGGUGAUGCUUCAAUCUUUCCAAAGCCAGACUGUGGCAUUAAACAAAACACCAACUCAAAUAAUACAAAUGAAGUUGAACCUAACAAGCUUACACAAAAGAAAAGAAGGAAUCACACAACAGAUGAGGAUGCAAGAGAACCCAAGAAGCCUUGUUUAUUGAGUAAGAAAAGAGAAAAAGAUGAUAGCAAAGAAGCUUGCCAAGUUGCCCAAUCCAUAGACAAUAGUACGGUAGACCUACUGGGUACAAAUGAAUGCUGCUUGGAUAACAACACAGAUGAUGAGACUUGUCUCUCACACCUUUCAAAUGAUGAAAACGUUUGUCAACACAUUCUUAACAAAUUUGAUAGACGAGAAAUGAUAAAAGACAUUAGGAAGACAUCAAGUAYGACUUCUUCUUCCAGUGGAUCAGUUAUUAAUGAACAGAAAAGUUUAGAGCAUGGCAGUAAAUUAGAUAAACAACAGCAAAAGGAUAUUUUCAGAACAGGUGCCAAGUGUGUACCCGGAGAACCCCAAGAUCCUUUGCAACCUGGUAUUGAUUAUCAUCACAUUGGGGUCUUGCGAACCAAGCCAGGAAGGGGUGACCCCACUUUAUCCAUGUCCUGUAGUGACAAGAUACUGAAAUGGAAUGUCCUUGGUUGCCAAGGAGGGUUGCUAAUUCAUUUCCUGGUAGCACCAAUAUAUCUGUCGUCAAUUAUACUUGGGAGGUGUCCCUGUGAUGUCAAUGCAUUACAAAGAGGCUUAUAUGGCAGGGCAAAAGAUAAAAUGAAUGWCUUUAAACUUUGCUUUGGGUUUAAAGUUAAUGCUCCAAAGUUCUUCAUCACUGAUGUGAUAUUCAAAGAUGGAAAGGAAGGUGUUGAAAAUGAAAUGGGAAAAGAUGUCAAAAUAUCACCUUCAUCGGCAGCAAUAAUUUGGAUAAAAGAACCACCAAUUUACGAAGUGGGAGUCAAUGGACUCAGACAAGGAAUUACAAAAGGAGAUCUAAACACACUUAAGGCAAGGUUAUCCAUAUGCAAGGCCAGUUUAUUCAAAGAGUUUAACAAUUUAGUUGAAAUCAUCCCUGAUGAAAAGAUUCCAUUCACUUUAAGGUCUGCUGAUCUAAAGACGUAUUCUCAAUUUAAAAAUGCAGCAACAAAGUAUUACGAAAUGCGAACACAGUUUAUGAAUGCUUUUCCUGCAUGGUCACUAAAGCCUAAAAAUCUACUUUAGUUUUCAAAAUUUUAAAUAAAUGAUAUUAUUUCAUAAAA